UUGCGUGGCUCGACACCUUCGCACGUCCAAACAGCGGCGCCCCGUGACCUCCAAGUCGCGUUGUUGUCUCCGUCUGUACCAAUACUAAAACAGCUGCCUUAUCGUUUCGGGCCGCUCAUCCAGCGACCGAAGUUGGAAGUCAAAACGCAGAGGACCGCCAGUCUCGUUCUUCACACGCUGAAAGCCUACCCGCGGAUGAUGCUGGACCGCAACUCGUUGCCACCGUUCAUCCACCCGCGGCUGGUAGCCGGUUCUGGUGCGGCGGUCGACGAGAUGGAGCCGCUCCACAACUGCAUCAGUCUGCUGCAUAUGAUGAACAGUCAGGUUCCCGGGAGCCGAAAGUUGUUCUGGAGGAACGUGCGGGCCGAGUGUGAGCGUUUCCUUGGAGAGUACCACGGGUGGAAGAAACAGGGACUGCUUGCGGCCUUGCAGGCUCUCUCCGUUUACCUCAUUCCCAGGUUGGGCGAAGGCGAGACGCAACACAACAACUUCGAUUCUCUCUUGAUUGCCGCCGUGGUGGCAAUAUCCACGCAAUUCAGCCGCGUCGAAGUCGCAUCCGACCCCGAUCCGCUGGCCAGCUGGGAUGAUUGGAUCUUAGAAGAAUCGAAGCGAGGACUGUGCGUGAUAUUCCAGGUCGUGGGUCUGCUGUUCUACUUCGAGCCGGCAGGCAUGUGCAAUGUGCGGCGGGAAACAAAUCUGGUCAUAGCCCCUCUGCCAUCCCGAAAACAGCUCUGGGAAGCACGCGACGAGUUGGCGUGGAGGGCGGAAGUUGAGAGAGACGAGGCCGAGGCUCGGACUGCGUUUGCGCUGGCCGCGAACGGCGAUCUGGUCAAACUUGAAGACCAAGACCAUCUGCAUUGCGUCAGUGACGCGGUGCAAAUCCGCACGCACCGUCCUGUCGAGGGCCCUUUGUGGACCACAACGAAUUGGGACGAGUGGUGUUCAGGAAUGGAUGCACUGGGCGGACUUAUCAUGCUCGCUGCUUCCUUGACGGCGUAGGUUCGUGCAUAAUCCUUCGUCAAUGAAACGACUUCACCGGGCCUUUUCGACUCUCAUCCCAUUCAUAACCCGGGGGCCGGUCAUUCACUCUUGGGGAGAACAGCGCCUGCCCGACCUGCGGCCCGGUCAGGGAGGAGGGCGGAAGCGAGCACUUCCAGGUGUUGCUUACCUGAUGCCACUGAACCGCUGUCCUAGACGGGAGCUGACCCGAGCCGUAAAC